CCACACAGCCCGCAUGUCACUCCUUCGUCCUGCCCUCCACGCCUGCCCGCGCGCCGCCGUGCCGCGCAGCCUGGCGCCGCGCGCCCCGCUGCGCCUCUUCCACGCCCCUGCUGGGCGCGUCGCUGCCGCACCCGCCGCCCGCUCGGCCGCAAUUGCCGCUCCCGCCGCCCGCCGCGGCGCCUACUCGCUCGGCCUCGGCCUCACCCUCGCCGGCCUCGCACUGGCGCCGCAGACGCACGAGCCGCUGCGCUGUGACUACACGCGCGCCGCCGCCGACCCGAUGAACCCCGGCGGCACGCCCAGCAAGCCGCUCAUCAGCAUCAAGGACCUCGGCUUCGGCACCGUGUCCGGCGCGUGCGCCGGCUACGCCGUCAAAAAGGGCCUGCGCAUCGCCGCCAUCCUCGGCGGCCUCACCUUCAUCCUGCUGCAGUACCUCAACUCGCGCGGCAUCGUCUCCGUCGACUGGGCCAAGAUCGCGCGCCGCUGGGACACGAAGCUCUCGGCGAGCAAGCCGGCGGCACAGGCCGAGGGCGACAAGGCCGUGCCGCAGCCGCUCGUCGGCAGCAGCGCGGCGCGCCUCAUGGGCCGCCUCAUUGCGUUCCUCACCAACGACCUGCAGUUCCGCGGCACGUUCGUCGCCGGCCUCAUGCUCGGCCUGCGGUACGGCUAGACGUGGGUGCAUGCAGAGCAACGGCGAGGGUGCAAGCAGAGCUCCGAUUAAUGCAGGUAUAUGCCAGGCGUGGAGGUGCUGCGCGAGGUGCUGCGCGAGGUGCUGCUCGAGGUGCUGCUCGAGGUGCUGCUCGAGGUGCUGCUCGAGGUGCUGCGCGAGGUGCUGCUCGAGGUGCUGCUCGAGGUGUUGCUCGAGGUGCUGCUUUUCGGAUCGCCGCAAUGAGUGCACUGCGCUCAGACGGCCCGUCCGUCGGCCCGCGGCACCACGCCGGCGG